AUGUCUUUUCAGGUACCGAUUGGAGUUUGUAAAGCCACCAUCCCUGGUCUAGGGACAGUGGACGGGUUGGAGUAUGCCAAUGGCGUACAGCAAUUCUGUGGUAUUCCUUACGCGCAUCUCUCCAAGCGCUGGUCACGGUCGACACUGAGAACAACUUGGGAGAGAGAUCAUCACGAUGGAACAAGAUUGGGCAACGAUUGUCCAAGCCCCAUUGUCGAUGGAGAUGAUUCCGAUGACCUGGUACCUGUUCCGCCGGCAGCGCACUUCUCUCAUCCCCGAUCCGUAGACGAACAGUCUGCUCUCGUAAUGAACAUUGUGAUUCCGCAUUCAUUCAAGGCAGACGGCGAAGACGUUCCGGUAUUCGUCUACGUCCAUGGCGGAUCCUUAUUGUAUGGGGGCGCAAAUCUCCCAAUUUUCGACGCGGUGAACCUAGUUUCCCAAAGCAUCGCCAUUGGUUUGCCAAUCAUCUGCAUUAACUUUAACUAUCGUGUCGGUAUUGGUGGUUUCCUGGCCGGGAAAGCCAUCGCUACCGAACUCGAGAGCGACGGAUAUGCUGGCAGCGGGAAUUUUGGCUUCACGGACCAACAAGUCGCUUUUGACUGGGUGCAGCAAUACAUCAAAUUCCUUGGAGGUGAUCCACAGAAUGUGACUGCCGUUGGUGAGUCUGCUGGUGGCAUCUCAAUCAGCAACCAAUUGCUCGCAGCGAGCCCGCCAGUGUUUCGUCGGGCUAUAUGCAUGUCUGGCCUAUCUUCCGCCAUUCCGGCAUGGACGAUAGAGCAACAUGAUUGCUUGUUCGAGGCUGUUUGUCAUUAUUUUGAUAUUAAUCCUUCUGCACCGAGCGCCUUGGAUCAGCUUCGUGCGAUUCCGCAACAGGAGCUUGCAAAUGCAACCCCGGCUAUUCAAGGUGUUCCCUCGGGCACGGGAAAUCCAUGCCUAGACGGGUGGUUUUAUCGCUCUGGUGUCAACCCUCUAGGGGUAAAUGCCCCACCAUCAUGGCUGAAAGGGUAUAUGUUCGGCGAUACCUAUCAUGAGGGUGUCAUAUUUCACUUGAACCUACUCGAGGACGACUACCAUUCUGUCCGCCGGGUACUUCAAGCUCAUAUCAGCGAUGAGGCUCGUACAGAUCAGAUUUUGGAAGCGUAUGGUAUCACCGCUGAUUCUCCGCAAGAAGAGUUUCUCACUCGCGUGGAGCACAUGUGCGGUGAUGCUAUUUUCAAGAUCCCCAAUUAUGUACUUGCUCAGACAGCGAAAGAGUCGUCGUUUCUCUAUCACUUUGAUCAGCGGUCACGUCUUCAAAAUGCUUUUGAAGGCACGGCGUAUCAUGCACACGAGCUGCUAUAUCUUUUUAUGAACUUGGAAAAUGAGUUCAAUGAAGAGGAAAAGCAAAUGGCUCGUGAAUUUUCUUCUGCUUGGAUUCGAUUCGCAAAUGGACUUGCACCAUGGAAUGUGGAGAGCGAGGACCGUGAAUGGAUGGUUUGGGGACCAGCUAGCAAGGUGGAGUUGAAGAACGAGACUCAGGAUCAAGAGACACGUGAUUAUAAACGCAUAAAUAUGGUAUUGCUGUUGGAUGAAGGAAGACUUUGUGAAAAAUGGCUGGCUGGAGUGGAUGCGUUGGUCAAUCGGCGAUGGAAGCUAUUUGGUGAAGCCUAA